AUGCUAGAGCAAUUUAUGAGACAGUUCUAUGAAAUGGGAUUUGAGACCAGAUACAGAGCUCAGCUUCCAUUCUGGCUGAAAUGGCUAAGAGAAAUCAUACGCUUCAUGCAAUACGUGGUUCUAUCCAUAUAUUUUUGUAAAUUGUCAAACAUGGUUGGUAGGCAAUCAUCACUAAUAAGCGUUUUGGACAAUGCUCUUCUUCUUAAUUCCUGGAUGUAUUAUCAAGUACAAGGAUACCAUUUCGCUAUGGUUCUUAUUGUUAACCAGAUUAUUAUAUUUUCAAUUUUUACCAAGAUAUCACGUAAUAUCAAAAACGGAAAGCACGUUUCGAAAAAUAUUCUUUUUCUUUACAUGUUAAUGUAUGACUUUUUUACCCCUCUUUAUCAAAUCGACAUUUUCUUCAGAUUUAACCAACAAUUACAUGUUACAAUUCUGAAUUUCACCUUUAACAAUUUCGUUACGUUAUUGAUUCACACUUCAGGUUUAUUUUUCACAUCAUUUCUUGAAUUCUUCGUAUGUACAUUUUGGAAACCUAAAGUAUUUGUGGUCUUUUCCAUCCUAGACAAACAUUCAUGCGCUACAUAUUAUUAUUUCUACUGGGUGAAGUGUUUAAUGAUUUCUGUUCAUAUUCUUCUUGUAGAAUACAAUCACUUUUUACUUGAAAUAUUUAUUUUCUCAAUUUACCCAUUAAUAGUAUUUGUUGCAGUUUUCCAUAGAAUGAUAAGAGGAGUACAUGCAAGUUACAUCGGAGCGAUAAUGGAAGACAGCCCGAUAUUUGCAUCACCAUUUGUCCUAUUCUGUCAUUUACAUUUCGGAGGAAUUGUGAAUCCUUUACUUGUUGCAUUUGUUUGCAUUUUCUUUUAUACAAUUGUUAUAGUUUAUUACAAGAAAUACUUACAAAAGUAUUCUUAUGCGAUUUUAUCCGAAACGAAAAAUGUUUCUGUCUUUUUUCCAGUUUCAAAGUCAUUGCUUAUCCGCAAUGCUGCAGAAUUUUUUGCUUACACUGAGGGAUUCGACAAAUUCAUGUUUAUGAGGAUUAAUGGAGAUCCAGAAGAAACAAUUGAAGUUGUUCGCUACUUAUCUCUGUUUAAAUAUAACCAUACUCGUAUACUACAGAUACUAAGCAAGUAUACAAGCAAUGGAGCCUAUUACGACUUCCAAUUUUAUUUGUAUCGGACACAUGUUGAAUACCAGAACAUAGAUGCCCCUAAAGUAUAUACAGAUAUAUUGGAUAAUAUACAAAGGAGGUUCCUAGUAUCGAAUUUCUUGUAUUGGCAGUGCAGAUGUUCAAAUCAAUGGAUAAAAGCACAUUAUUAUGCCACAGUUUCAUCAAUUAACCACAUAGAAUUGCGGAACUAUAUCAAUUUCCUUGUUUUCAUCUUCAGAUAUGAUUCUCAUAUUUAUCAAUCUUUUGCGGAGUUUUCUUUAGUUGCAUUAGGAGAUCCAGUUCGAUCAGUGAAAUACAGACGAUAUGCAGCAACGCUAAAAGAAAAUCCUUCAGGUAUUGUUGACAAUUUAAUCAAAAUUCUUUCUCAGAAUUAUCCAUUGUCAACACAAAAAUACAACCAUGGAAACAACGAGCGACAAAGUGAUAUCACACCUGAAAGCUCACAGGCAUCAAUUGAAGCUCCUCCCGUCCCUCAAAUGCUUAGAUUUCAUUUUGACGAUAAUGUCAUUUUCCGUAACGAUAAAAGUGACAAUUCUCCUAUGGCCAUGUUUGUACAAAAGUGUAAUUCAUUCACAUCGUAUCGAUCUGUGUUCUACAUUAUCUGCAUUUUCAUUAUUUGUUCUAUGUAUUUCAAAUACAUCGAUGUUGAAUCGACAAAACGAAAUAACAUGAUUUCUGAGAUAAGAUUAGUUCUUAAGAACACAAUAGAACAGGCAACAGUCUUAUCAUCAAGUUUGUUGUAUCAAUAUUUGUAUCAUUUAAUGGCAGACCAAAAGAACCUCAAUUUUUCAAAGGAUUGUUGUGAUACGAUAAUUAGUCACUUUUACGAUGAAUUACAAAUCUUUCCUUUGACAAUUGGUGAAGAUUAUUCUUUCCUAAUGAAGUCAUUAGGAUAUUUGAGUGUCAGACUAUCAGAAGAAUCAAAAAUCAAUUGUCAAAGUCUUUCGAAUUCAUUGAGUUUCAUAACAACAAAUGUUUAUGACAUGAAACUGAAUUAUGAUGAUUUGAAAAACAGAGUUUCUCUUUUGUUCACUCAACAAAAGAAAAUUACUGAUAUAAAGAAGUUCGAAAAGAUGACACAAAUCGGUAUUUUAUUAGGUACAUUAAUUGUUACAGUCAUGACACAUUUCUAUUUAAGAAUAAAUUUAAUAGAAACGCCUCCUUCUGCUUUACAAUUCCUUGCAAGUAAAGAAAGGUUGUGUCUUCUUCUUUUCCAGAAAUCUUUGGAGUCAUGGGAUCUUUUCAAGAUUUUGUUCCACUCUAAAUCCAAAAUGAAAGCCAAAUCAAAGAAAAGAAGGACAAUUAAAAGAGAAGAUGCAGAUAUAAUUGAUACAAGACUUUUACAAAGCCAACAUGUCAAUCUUUCUGAUUCAAAAUUGACUGUUUCUUUUAUUGGUUCUGAUCAUUAUUUGCAACCAAGUAAUUUCGCGUUGAUGUCGCCUUACGUUGAAUUAAACAAGUCCACGUUGUCUGAUUCGAUUUUGGCUGUUCCUAAUGAAGAAGAAGAUGAAAGUUCGACAACAGAUGAUUUCAUUCCAGAUAACGAACAAAAAUUUGAAGUAAUUACAAAAACCAUUGAAAAAACAAAAAGUGACUUUCCAAAUUAUUGGCGUGUUUUUGGAAUUAUCCAUGUCUUGCCAUGGAUAACUAUUUCUUUUGUUGUAUCAAGCUCAACGGAAGUUAUCGAAUACCAACAUUUGCUUGCUACAAAUUACAUCAACAAAAUCAUAGAAAAUGUUACUUCUUUUUAUAGUAUACAAGUAUUUAAUGAAAACUAUUCUUUCCAAGGUUUAACUGAUCGCCAGUAUCACUAUAUUCUUCAGAACUUGUCACAUCAUUGUAGAAUGCUAAUGCCUGAUGUACAAUUAAUGGAAACAGUUAAUUUUUAUAAUAAUAAUGGUUAUUUGUCAUUACUUGUUUAUUGUAAUUUUACUGUUUUUCUUUCUAUUCUUUGUAUUUAUUAUCUUGAGAUUGAUAUGAAUAAUGGUUAUGCAUCUCUCUUCCAUUUCCCAAGAGGAUACAUCGAAGAUAUCACGAAGAAACCAGAAGAACCACCAGAAGAGAAACUUCCAAGUUCUGUUUUGCAAAUAACUGUUCAUAAAACAAAUGGAAUUAUUACAACAGUUUCCGAUUCUUGCGAAGAAAUUUUGAUGUGUUCUCCAAUAGAUUUAAUCGGUUUGAAAUAUGAUGAUAUCUUUACGAAAGAUGAGAAAGGAAAUCGUGUUUAUUCUCUUAAAAGAAAACCAAAGACUUUCAUUGAAAGUAAGAUAGUUUUAGGAAAAAUAAUUAGAGUUGCUUUGUUUGACAAUAACGGAUCAAAUAAUUUAACAACAAUGACAAACACGCUAAGCACGAAAUUACCACAGAAAAUUGCUAAAGUUUUCCUUGAAAACAGUUUGUCGAAGUUGCAAAUUAAGCAAUGUUCGAUGAUGAUUAUUAAGUUCAAUACAAUUGAAUACAAUCAAAGUGUUGAACAAAUUUUUUUGAAUCUUAAUAACUUGAUACAGAUUUAUUCAAGUGUUUUGCUGCUGAGAAUCGAAGGAAGUUUGAUUUAUUUGCUAAUUAAGACAUCAAAUAAAUCAGUUCCUUUCUUGUUCAUAAGAGAUCUCUUGAACAAUGAAAAGAAUGUCGCUUACGGAAAGAAAGAAAAAACAGUAAAUUUGAUUGAUUCGAUUGUUCUCAUGAAAACUACUGUUUCUGCCGACAUUUUCAUUAAAGGAGAGCCUUACAUUUAG